AAAAUAAAAUUAGAUCAGAUACUCAAUCGAUGACGGGUAAUAGUCUCAAAUGCUCGCAAAUCGCUCGCUUCUCUUCAGAUAAUCAGAUCGCUGCUAAUUAUGUUUAUACUCGAAGACGACACUUCAUUCUACAUUCCCCGAUUUCUAACAGAUUGUUGCCGACAUCGCCAUCGAUCACCUGCGCGCUUCAGUUAUCCUCAUAGUGGAGUUUGAUCUUCGAGGUUUGUUUUGUAUGGACUAGUAAUCCAUCUUUAAUGGGGGAAUCAGACAAAUCGUAAUGUAAACAAUAGUAUAAUUAUGCUUGUUUCAUGAUUAGAUGAAUUAGUAGUGUAUAUCUUUAAUUAGAUGACUUUGUAGUGUAUAUCUUUUAAUUAAAUGAAUUUGGAGUUUAUAUCUGGAGAAUUUACCCUAAAUAGGACUAAAAACGUUUGUAAAUUCCAAAAUGGGACGGCCAUGUUUUUAAUUCCCAAAAUGGGACUAAUUACUGUCAUGUUUUGGCAGUACCAGACUUUAAACAUGACAAUAUUUUCCAAACUUGACAGUAAUUACUCCUAUUUUGGGAAUAAAAACAUGACAGUCCUAUUUUAGAAUUUACAAACGUUUUUGGUCCCAUUUCAGGAACUUUCCCUUAUAUCUGUAGUAGUGUAUAUCUUUUAAUUAGAGGAAUUUGGAGUAUAUUUGUAGUGUAUAUCUUUUAAUUAGAUGAAUUUGGAGCUUAUACCAAUUGUUAUUACAAGGACUUUUGAAAUAGUUAUCUAUUUCAAAAUGUAGCAGAAAACAGCCGCCAACAAACUACACAGCAAAAAAAUCAGGUGAAUUGAAUGGCCAAUGGCUUCAUGUUUAAAUCUAGGGGCUGAACAAAUCCCAUUUGACUAAAUUUGUACUAUAAAUGUAUUAAUAUGUAUGUACUUAAGGGCUUAAGUGAACCACCGUAGCCAUCUCAAUUCUCAAGGCAUUUGACCUUGCAUGCUUAUUAGGAAUAACCAGAUUAUUUGUAAAGGUUUUAUAUAUUACCUAAAUGUGUUUGCUCUCUGAGAAAAGGAAACUCAUCAUUAACAAAUAAAGUCAUAUUUACUCUCUCAUUCUUUUGAUUUUUCAUAUGUUCAUAAAUUAUCUCCAUUACCUUUACAAGGAAAUGAUUUUGUGACUUAUAUUGAUUCUUUAAUUUCUCUUUAAAUAAAGAGUUCAAACAAUAUUGAACUUAUAAAUAACUGUCCACGGUCAAAUGUAGUUAUGAGGAUGGAUCUAGUAGUAAUAAGUUUAAAUGGAUUUAGUUUACGUAACAGGAAAUGCUGGUAAGAUUCUAGCAUUAGUUGCCCUUAUCACAUACCUAUUCAUCACACUUUUGAUCUUCUUCAUAUUCUUAUUGUAGUAGAUGACCCGGCCUCAGUGGCGGAGCCAACGAUUCAUUUGAGUGGUGUCAAUUUUUUAAGCUAAAUUCUACUUCUAUGACACAAUAUUAAAAACUUUAUAUAUUGAUGAUUAUACAUUUUUCUUCAAUUAUUUGAGCCAAAAUUUCGGUUUUAAUACCAAAAUACCACCGUGCAUAUGCAACCUUUAGAUAAACUAAUCAGAUGGUCAAGAUUAGUUUAUAGUUAGUAAAUUAUGAGAGGUUUGUAUUUCAUCUCUUAUAUAUGUAUUUGACUUCGUGUGUGUGUGUAUUUAUAAUAGUUGGAAAUGAAUUAAUUAUUCCUAUAAUUUGUUUCACUAUUCUUAAAUGGUGAUCGUUUCGGUAUUAUCUAACAUUAUGUUCCCCUUAAAAUGUUGUACAUUUUUCUCAUCAUUGUUACUUUCAUGCACUUUAUAUAUUGAUAAGAAUUUUUAAUGUAGCUAAAUAAUAAAGUAACACUAUGAUAAUAAAUUCAUCAAAUAUUACAUGUGUGAAAGAAUGACUAUCUAGAUUUUAUGUUACACAUUAUCUUAUAUAAAUUUAGUGUCAACAUAAUAAUCUAUUAAUUCUUUCAUUUGGGGCCUUAAUCAUAGUUUUUUUUGUCAAGUUUUGAAUUCAGGCUUCGUUAUAUUUGUCUUGAAUAAAUAUUAUAGUGCAUCACUUAUUGAAAAGUGUAAAAGAUAUUAACCAUGGCUAAAUUUCAUUACAUGUAAUUUUGUUUUAGUUUAAUAAAUAUAUUUAGACCUUUUUUAAAAUAAUUUUGAAAUAAAUUAUUUACAAAAAUAUCAUUAAAAGUUACUAUAUUACCGUGUCAUGUUCUCCUAAGUGUAAAAAUUGAAAUAAGUUACUGAAUAUUUGACUCCUCACCCUCUCUCCUUUGAGGAGUCAUUCUGAGUGUUGCCCUGGUUCUAGAGUGAGAGAGUGUAGGAAUUGUGUUGGGUUUGUGCUCCGGCCACCGCCGACGGUCUCCUGGGAUACCUUUGAGUUCUUCACUCUGGGCUAGUGGGUUGGCGGGUUUCUCCAGUAGGUUCGUUUCUCUGUGAGGUUGAGUGCAGUGGUUGUUGUCCUUCCCUUUUCCCUUUUGAAGCCCUUUGGUGGUUGGAUGACGAGCAACCUUCGUGGUUUGGUGAUUGAGUUCUGAACCGGUCCUAAAUCUUUACACAAAGUAUUUUGAAGAAGGGGUAUGUGCAGAGUAUUGAAGGUCAGGUAUUAUCCAAACUCGGACUUUUUACAUGCUCAGGUGGGGUAUAACAAAUCUUUUAUCUGGCGGAGUAUUGUUGAGACUCAAAAUAUCCUCAAAAAUAACAUCCGAAGGAGAGUUGGGAAUGGGAUUGAGGUUCAGGUUUGGGCUGAUGCGUGGCUCCCGGGUGAGGGGGAGGGUCGGGUUUCGUCGACCAGACCAACUGGAAUUAGAGAUAUGAAUGUUGCUGCCCUUCGUGAUAUAACUGGGAAAAAAUGGAACGGGGAGAGAAUUUCUAAUAUUUUUAAUGCAGAUGACAGACGGAAGAUCUUGAGUAUACCCAUUAGUUCCUAUGACAGAAAGGAUGGGUACUGGUGGAACGGUGAGAAUAGUGGGAAGUUUUCAGUGAAAAGAUGUUACCGUUUGCUUAUAGGGAAGUUGCAGACCGGGGACGGGACUGAUUGGGCUCGGUUAUGGGAGUUGCAUAUCCCACCGAUGCUAAAAUAUUUUGCCUGGCAAGCUAUUGAUGGCUCUCUUCCUACGGUUGAUAAUCUGAGGAAAAAAUGUGUGCAGGUUCUUGACGGGUGUAAAGUGUGUGACGAUUCGGGGUGGUUCGGUACGGUCUACCGAAUAUUUUAUCGCAUACCUUUACCAUACCGUAAGCUUUCAGGAUGCAAAAAUACAUACUGUUACCAUACCGAAAUUUUGGUAUACCUUGUUUCGGUAUACCGAAAUUUCGGUACGGUAUCGGUAAAUUAUCAUGAUUUAAUGUAACAAAUUAUUAUAUGUCAAAUGAAAUAAAGAAAAUCAGUGUUAACAGUGAUAUGCUAAAAUCAUUAAUGAAAUUAAUUAUAAAAUACCAAUGAGAUUAUUCAACUUUGAACAAAAAAUAUUAUAAAUAUGUAUAGAUAUUUCAACACAUGAUAUACGAAGAUAACAACACAUUUUGCUAAAAUAAUUUAAACAACAUAAAUAUAAAUAAAAUAACACCGAUCUCAAACAAAAAAGUACAAAUAAUUCAAGAAACAUGGAUUUAAAGUCAUUUAUCCUUGAAUUAGUGUUGUGUUUCUAGUUAUUUUUAUAAUUUUAAGGAAAUUAUUGGCUUGGAAUUACGGUAUGACGGUAUACCGGUAUACCACUUAUUUCCAAAAUAUAUACCGAUACCAUACCAAAGGUCCAAAGUGAUUCGGUAUGGUAUCAUACCGUACCAAAAGUGUCGGUAUACCAAACAUUACGCUAAAUUCGGUAUUUUUCGAUAUGGUUAGUCCGGUAUACCGAAAUUUCGGUAUUUUUUCCCACCCCUAGUGACGAUGUGGUUGAGGAUACUGAUCAUGUUUUUCGGGUUUGUGAAAGAGCAAAAGAGGUCUGGAGAAAGGUGGGUGUGGAUUUGGGCAGCCCGGUAGAGUCAGUGAAUAUGUGGUUUUGGCGGCAUCUGGGCGGACCAUGUAACACCGUCCCCAAAUCAGUGGCAGAACUAGGGGGAGCGAGCCGGUGCUGCCGCCCCCUGUUCGCCGGAGCUUAUAAUGUGUAUAUAUAUGUAUAUGUAUAGAUUCAACCCCGUCUCAGAAAUAGUAAUAAAUACUAACGAACCCGGUUUUGAAGUAAUGGUUGUAGUAUCAUGAUGGUAAGAGGGGCGCGGCAGAGGUGUGGGGGACGCAGGUUCGAUUCCUGCUGCCCCAUUUUUAAUUACUAUGUACUCCAAUUAAAUUUCCUCUACUUUUCUCUUAACAUUUUGGGAUGGUAUUAGUUUUAAUAUUUUUAUACCACUCCAGAUUUCUUUUACUUUUAUGUUACAUUUAUAUUUUUACAAUUCAAAAUAUUUAUUUUUUUACUUCUUCCAAUAUUAUUAAAAUAUUAUUUACAUUUUCUAUUUAGUGCAAUAGUAGUAACAAAUGACCCUUAACUAUUUCUUUCCUAUUUAAACAUUGACCUAAAUCAUUUUACAAGGAGUUUAUCAGGAAUGUUUUCAACACGACUUGAAUUUUAACAUAGUUA